AUGAGCACUGAAAACAAACUACCUGCCAGCUUAGGCGCAGCACCCUACAGAUUCACUCUCAAGGACCUCGACGAAUCUAUGUGGUCGGAACACCCUCUUGGCAGAACGGCUUUUGGAAUGAAGGUAUCAGGCUUCCACCGUUGGGGCUUUGUUAUCUACCGGACAACAUACAACGACGAUGCGAUGUGGGAGCGCUACCUCCAGGUUCUUAAGCUCUCUGCACAAGACUGUCUUGCGUCUCUAGGAGGCGACGUACUUCUUGAGCAGUAUAUGGACUGGCUAGUGAUUUCUGAUCCGGCUACGCUUGACGGCGCGUCUAAGGCUGACGUAAAAAAGCAUUUCCAGUCCUGGUACGCGGCCCGAAGCGAAGAGCGCGAUGGCCCUGGCGCCGCCAAAUCCGGGACAAAACGGCUGCCGCGAUUUCAGCACUGUGUUUAUGUGGACCGCAAGUGCAUGGACACAGUUGCCGAGUUGCCAGCCAGUUACAUGAGCUCCCGGGGCCGACGCCCUGGUUCCAACGUGGUGGCUGUAGUGAUUGACGGAACGUUUGACGAGACCACGCCUAGCAAUGACCAAGGCUUGUACCCUGACGUUGAGGGCUGUACUGGGCGGUACGUGGGCUGGAGGUACGAUGACAUUGAGAUGCUGGUGAAUACUUACGAAGAGGCCCAUGACUACUCCUUAAGCGGCAUCGAAUACAAGCGGCCGCCUCUAAUCUCGCCCUUUGGAUUCAAUUCUAUGCCUGCCUAA